GCUUUUUACAGGCUUCCUCUUCAUUUGAGGUGAAAGAUUCAAGUGGUAAAGUCUGCAUAAUUGCUGAUCUGACAGUAGCCUUCUCAGUGGAAUACAAAAGCUAUGGGCAGAAAGAGUUUGCACACUUUUUUCUUCCACAAAAUGCUACAGUAGAGCCGCAGAGCUCAUGUGGUGAAGGUAACACAUCUCACCCAGUACUGGUGUUGGGUUUUGGCGCAGGACAUUCAUUAAGCCUGAAUUUCUCAGACCAUGCAGACAAGUACCAAGUCGAAGAGCUAGUUUUCCACUACAACCUCUCAGAUGCUACUAUAUUCCAUAAUUCAACUGCAGGAGAAGUGAAGAGAGUAUCGCACAAAACCAUUAUUCAGGCAUAUGUGGGCACGAGAUACAGGUGCAUCAGCUCCAAGCACGUCAAUAUGAAGAACGUGAACGUUACUUUUAGCAAUGUUACUUUGGAAGCAUUUAUCACAAACGGCACUCUCAGCACGAACA